CUGUACCAAAUAGAAACAAUUCACCAUCACCACAAGCUAUAAAUAUGCAAGAGAGACCGAAACGAAAGGGGAAACCUAAACGUAAAUCAUUUGCGUCAAGUGACAAUGAUGAAGCACCAAAUGCUAAACGUCAUAAAAGUAAGUCAAGAAAAUUUUUAGUGACAACUGAGCCGCAGUAUCCUCGUGAAGUGCCGGGUGUCCCACAUAUACAAUCCAGACGGUGCAUGAAUGCUGCAUAUGGUGAUUUUGAGCGUUGUGCAUCAUACUCUGAAAUGGAGGAUGAACUUGUUUAUGGUCCAAAAUUUCAAUCAGUCACUAUUCCCGAUCCAGAUGAUAACUAUGAUUUUAAAGAAACAACAGACGAGCAACGGGGCUACAUUCUUGAACAAAUGGUGCCUAUAUAUCAUUACAAUAAGGAUAUAAUACAACGCAUUUUAAAUGAAACUGAGCAAAGAAUGAUUGACAAUGGGGAUAGUAUGGACAUCGACGAAUUUAGUGAUAAUGAAUUACCUGAUGAAUUACCUAUUUCGGAACCUCACCAAAUGCCAGAGGGCAAUAUUUCAGAAUCUAAAUCUUCACCUCAUGUAGAAUCUCAGCAGGAAUGUCGACAAGAAUCUCAGCAGGAAUGUCGACAGGAAUGUCGACAAGAAUCUCGGCAAGAAUCUCGGCAAGAAUCUCAGCAAGAAUCUCGGCAAGAAUCUCAACAAGUGUCUCAGCAAGAAUCUCAACAAGUGUCUCAGCCAGAAUCUCAACAAGUGUCUCAGCAAGAAUUUCAGCAAGAAUCUCAGCAAGGGCCUAUCUCUAAAAUUGAACCAUUUGAUUCUACGAUCCCUCCACCGAUGGAGAUGAAUCCUGAUUCUACGAUCCCUCCACCGAUGGAGAUGAACCCUGAUUCUAAGAUCCUUCCACCGGUGGAGAUGAAUCUUGAUUCUACGAUCCCUCCACCGAUGGAGAUAAAUCUUGAUUCUACGAUCCCUCCACCGAUGGAGAUGAAUCUUGAUUCUACGAUCCAUCCACCGAUGGAGAUGAAUCUUGAUUCUACGAUCCCUCCACCGAUGGAGAUGAAUCCUACGCCAGAGUUACCGCCUACCGCUAUCCGUCCACACGAUCGUCCUCAACAGCCCCAUGAUAAUCACCAAAAAAUAGAAUGGAGAGAAGAUGAGCUUACAGAAGAAAUUUUCAAAGAUUUUUGGAAGAAAGGAUAUCCAUUCUUGCUAAAGGAAACAUCUACACGACUAACGAACCAACUAUGGACACCCGAAUACUUUAAAACUAAAUACGGUGAAAUACAAUGCGAAUGUGUGGAUUGUAGGUCUGGUUUAACUCACGCAAUGGAUGUACAAAAAUUCUUUGAUGGUUUUGAGGAUAUCAGCGCUCGUUUCAGUUAUAAAGGAAAAUAUCC